GUAGUCAUGGUCACACAUAGCAGCACACUGACAGAGAGAGGAGGCUGGGUCAACUGUCGUUACCCCCCCUCUCCUCUCAGUUCAUCUGCACACACCGCUCCCGCUCAUUCUUUGCUUUGUCGUAUGAACCACCACUCCUAUCCACACCAAUUCAUCCUGAGGAUACAGGACAAGGCCAGAGGAAACAGGAGCAUACGCUGAAAGGGAUGAGACCGUACUGAGGGAGACUAUCUACAACUAGAGGCUGCAAGAAAUAGGUUCAACAAAUGGAGGAUAUGGACGACAGCAUUUCAUCCGCUGGGUUCGAGCCUCUCUUCAUCAAAGAAGAGGCUGGGGAGCCGGACAGAACCCUCGGAGGUCAAAGAGAGCGCAGCACGCCACAAUCGGAACUCCCCUUCCCAGGAACACAGCUGAAUCAAUCAGCUUUAAUCAAGCCAUACCUACACGAGAUGGACGACUUGCUGAAGAGCUGCGAGGACCUCACAGGAAUCCCUUUUGGCUCGCGCUUCUCAGAAAGCUACACAGAAACAAGCCUGAGCAAAUCAACUCACGGCCAGAGCAAAGAGGAGGUUGCAAUGGAGAGCUACAGAGAGACAAGUGUAUCUCCUCAUGCCUAUCUUUCCACAAGCUACAUAGACACACACAUGGAUGGGGCUGAAGAAGAUGAGCAGCCAGAGCAAGGCCAGUUGCAAGGCAUGGGCACCAUCAUCGGCAAGCGAGAAGGGUCUCCGCAGCCAGAAAUGCCUCUUACCUCAGCCGGCAGCAAACUGAGCAACGCUAUGGUGCAGUAUGAGGGCCAGCUGCUGGGGAUGCUGUCCAUGCUGGAAAGCUGUAUGGAGGAGGCCGGGAUGGACUUUGAGCCACAGGACUGGGCGACAGAUGCAAGUCAAGAAUAUGUGCACAUCAGUAAGAAUCCUCAUCAUCAUAGUGGGACGACACUGGGGCCUAUUCAGCAGAAGAUGCCAGUGAAGCUGGAGACCCAGCCAAUGCAGAAAGAGUCCUGGGCUGUUAAACACGCAGAGGGAGAUUCAAUGUCCGAGGACAGCAAUGGAAUGACGGGUUCAACAACCAAUGGAAGCCAGCAGAAUCACUUGCCUUGUUGUGACAACAUGGAGGAAAGCCUGGAAAGGUCAGGAAUAAUGGAUCAGGGGUUUCUUGAUCCUCACCUAAGUUAUUUAAGGCCAUCAGACUCAUCAGAUUGUAACGAAAAUUAUCCAUUGUACUGUGAAGGGACAAAGACACAAUACAUGUCUCACGAAAGCACCGAGAGAGAGGUAGACAUAUCUGAGACUGAAAUCAUUGACACUGAAUUGCCAGCUGAAGAGAGACGAGAGCUCACAAUGGACCCCAUAUUUCUGAGAACUGGUAGCUAUGAAUUAGGGGAGCUGGGGUCUCAGAUGGAGGAGUGCAUACAGGAAGUACAGCGCUUAGAGGAGAAGAGAAAUCAGCUGUUGGCGGAGGUGCUGGAAUUGAGAGGGAAUAAAAACAGAGAGGAAGAGGCAGAGGGGAGCAACGGUGAGGAAGAAGUGACAGAAGAGCAAAUGGACAGCAAAGUGGUGGAGCUGAUGGAUAUACUGAAGAGUGAGGAAGAAGGAAGGAGGGAGGAGAGAAAGAAGGAGAUACAGAGCCUCAGGGAGGAGAGAGCAGAAGAGGAGAGGAGGAUGUGGAAGGUCAACCUGGAGAGACAGGAGCUGCAAGAGGAGCUCAGGAAGCUGAAAAUGCGUCUCUUUGCCAUGGUCAGGGCGUGUACCCACAGCCAGGCUUCUCUGAACAACCAGCGCCGUGAGGUGGAGCUGCUAAAGAGAGAGGAGGAGAAGCUGCAGUCGCUGGUGCUCCAGCUGACAGAGGAAAGCUGCCACCUCAGGUCGGACAAACAACAGCAGCUCUUGCAACUACAAACACAGCGACAGGCCCAGACCUCCAGUCAGAACUCCAACACCCAGCAGGAGCUGACCGAGUGCAGGAGGCAGUCCUGUGGGGACAUCCAGCAGUAUUUGCAGGGUGGACUAAGAGCCCUGGAGCACAGGUACGAACCCAUUUUGCUGGCGUUGCUGAAGAGGAGAGAGGCCACAGCUGGAGCGCUGGUGAAGGCUAAAGAGCAGGCCCAGGAACUGAGGGCGCAGCUGAGACCCCUAAGGGAUGAGAUCCAAAAGUUGAAGCUCCAGAGGGCUUGUUUGGAGGAGAAACUCAAACUAAUCCACCUACACCGCAGAGAGGAUGCAGGUCGCAACAAGGAGACAGUGUACUUUCUGGAGGAGAGCAGCAGGGAACUGAAGACUGAGUUAAAGAUUCAGAAGAAGAAAACCAAAGACGUAGAGGAGUUGAGAGACAGACUCACAAAACAACUCCUGCUUUACAGGGCUGCCAUUGAGGACCAUAAUGAGUGUGACCAUGAGCAGGAAACAUAACGUUUUUUAAAUGAGGAGCAAACCUGUGUGCAGUUCUGUGAUUUAAUAACAAACUGAUCAUAUUUUUUUGUAUCUGCAACAUAGUGAUUGAAAAGUUUCAGCUAAUGCACUUUACACAUAUUGAGACAUGCACUUGUUAAAACACAAAAACAACAAUGACAUGUUUUUCAGAACAGUCUGAACAUGAUCUAGACUGCUGCUUGUAGAAAGGUUGUUAUUAUAAAUAAAGGCUUCUUGUAAAGUCAGUGUGGCUGAUGAAUUAAUGUGUCACCAACGAGCAGAGGGCUUUGUGUACUUAUAAGGGCAGCAUGUCUGGAGAACUUAAACAGUGGGACACAGUAAUAGUGAGCUCAGGAGAAAAGAGGGCACCAAGAUGUCAAACACAUAAAAAAAAAAAAGGUCUGAGCAAAGUGUUACUAGACAUGACCAACUGUUACUGACUACAAGGAUCAUUUAGGGGUUGUUUAAAAAAUACUUCUAAGCUGAGAAAGACACUGAUACUAUAAUGAGACCUGUUGACAAUACAUCAAGUGAACCCAAAUACUGGUGAAAGACAUUUUAUUAGAGGAUGCACUAACAAUUUAAUUGUACAACUGCAAAAUCUUUUACAUACAAAACAAAAAUUUAUUUCACAAUGACAAAAAAGAAAAAGUAUUUAUUCUAUGGUUAAGAUGAGGGAAUGUGGGAAAACAAUUCAAAGACAGGUUCACUUCAAAUUUUGAAAUUACAAUUUGGUGGCGACCGAACUGAAACAUUAUGUCACAAAGGUGGACUGCAUUUUCCAUAAAAUGACAUUUUCUACAACACUUCCAACAAGUGUGGAUGGGGCUGUUUCCAACAGCAGGUUGUCAGUGUGUUGUAGAAAAGCACAUUUACUUUUGAAAAAGUAUUGGCUAAAACAUUUCAGCAUACAAGGAAAAGCCAAUUUGAUUACAAAAAUAUACCUUGUUUAUGCAAUGUGAAAAACAUGGCUGAGAUUCCUCAGAUAAUAAAUUACUGAGUAAAAAGAGAGUUCUUCACUUUGAAUAAUCCAAACAAGACCAGGACUGUACGUGAUGCCUCUCAUUCCCAUAUUUACAGUGAUGUAGGGCACGUUACAGUGCCACACCAGUAAGAAGUAGAGCAGGAAGGGAGGAAGUAGCUGCAGGGGACGUCUGAAGUGGCAGUUUGUGAUGAGGUUGAAAGCAGAAGUCUUAGGCGGUGGCUUCAGGCUCUGUUGCACCUUCAGGAUCUUCAUCGUUGUAGAUGUUCUCAGCCUACAGCGAGAAUAAGAGCGCCAGACAGUCAGAUAGUAUGGAUUCAAGGACAAUGAGGAAAAGAUGGACUGAGGCUUUUGAAAUGCCAAAUUUGACCUAAGAAAGCAUUACCACAGCCUUAGCUACUAGAUCUUCUGACUUCUAUGGCAGUUUAGAGUGUUACAGGAAAUACAGAGGUUUUAGUUGAGGAUAAAUAAAAUAUUAUUAAGUGAGGAAAAUAAAAACACAGACCUGGGUUAUUAAACAUAUGAUACUCACCACUUCACUCUUGUCUUGUCACUUUGCCCUGACUCAAUACCUCCAAUUGUUAAAUCAAAGAUCAACUGUGGUUUCUCUUUGUACUCACUAAAUAAAAUGCCAGGAAGCUCUCAUUGCA